GGGGCAAGGAGGGGGCCACGGCGUGCCCCACUCUGUUUUUUACGACACGGCUUUCUGUGUAACAUAAUAAGUAUUUAAAAAUUUUGUGAAAUGUUUCGGUGUUAUUUGUGAAAAAUUGGGAAGUAGGAAAAGUGAAUACGAGAUGCAGGGGCUCGUGAGCGAUAAGACGUUCCACUUGAAGUGGAACAACCACCUGCAGAACCUGAGCCAGCUGUUCACGACCAUCUACUCGUCGUCAGCGCUGGCAGACGUGACGCUCUCCUGCCGCGAUGGGACUCUUAAAGCGCACAAACUCGUCCUUUCAGCAUGUAGCCCUUACUUCGAACAGAUAUUCAAGGACAACCCAUGUCAGCACCCCAUCGUGAUUCUUAAAGGGAUACCCUUCUCGGAAAUAAAUCUCCUGGUUGAGUUCAUGUACAAGGGUUCAGUGGAUGUGCAAGAAUUGGAUCUUCAGUCACUGAUGCACACAGCUUCAGAACUAGAAAUUAGAGGUCUCGCUUAUGAGGCCCGUGAUAAUGCUGCGCAGCUAUUGAAUGUGAAUUUGGAAUAUCCCGCCUAUGGACAGAAUGCUGCUACCACAGCAACUGCAACUACUUCAGCAACAGUUUCCACAUCACAGACAUACCCUCAAGCUCGCACAGAUGUUGAGAGGUUGAAACAGAUUCACAUGUACCAACAGUCCAUGAUGCGAGCCGAGGAGGUUCGUCGACGGCGUCGUGAAGACAUGCCCACUACUCAGACAGCCGUGAACAACAUUCUAGCGGCGGCUGCGAGGGAAAUGGAGGAAGCGAGGCAUGCGGCGCGUACAGGAGAACGUGUCGUUGCCAGUAUACAAACUGAGCAAGAAGCAGCUGCAGCGUCAGACAUGAAACAUGAUUUAGAGAACGACAGACCGAAGAAACGCGUCUCUAUCAUGUCCCCAGACGACGAGAAGUUACGAGUCAAGAAGAAAGCUAUGACAGUUCGCUUCCAAGAAGACAAUAAGACUGAUGAACGUCCAGCUAAGAUUUUAUCUCCGGGUGCCACUAACUCAAAUCACGGCAGCAACGAAUCUAAGAUUGACGACUUGAAGGCCGGUGGUAUCAAGGUGGUCCAGCUGGCGGUUCUGCAAAAACCCACCAACAAUGAACACGACGAUUCAGACGAAAAAGGCAAACCAGGAAUGGACGACGAUGAAGAAACAGAUUCGAGCGGUUCACUAUCAGAUACAGCGGCCAACGAGUCGCAGGACGGCCGGCCACAUGUGUGCGACAUCUGCGAUGUUAGGUUCGCGCGCUCGUCGCACCUGACGCGCCACCGCCUCACGCACACGGGCGAGCGCCCCUUCACGUGCGGCGGCUGCGGGCGCUCCUUCGCGCGCUCCGACAAGCUGCGCGUGCACACCAAGAUCUGCGAGCGGGUGCAAUCAAAACAAAUAAAACUUCUCCAGGAGGACCCGACGGUGGACAUGGCCAACGAGGUGAAGCGCGAGAACAACUCGGAGGUGAUGUCGGGGAUGGUCCGCACCACGCACCGCGAGUCGGGCCACCUCGUGUUCACGGCCAGCGGGGACGUCAUGCUGCCGCCGCGCGGGCAGGUCGUGCUCAACACGACGCUGGAGCCCGUGCGCAACGAGCUGCUGGGCGGCGACCUGCUGGAGCCGCCGCGCCGCGGGCGGGGCCGGCCGCGCAAGACGCCGCUGCCGCUCACGCCCAAGGUCAAGAAGCGCCGCGGCCGCCCGCCCAAGACCUCGCUCGACAUGGAGGGCUGCGUGCUGACCAGCGGCGCCGUGGCCGGCGGGGCGCUCACGGGCCACCAGCUGCUGCUCAAGCGGAAGCGCGGACGGCCGCCGAAGAACUACUUCCUGCCGCGAUCUGGUAUGGAUAUGUCAAUACCGAUCCAGUACGGGCUAGCCGCGGAAGUGAGCAAGAUUUACGGGCGACCCAACGAAAACUACAACGCGACGAACCUGCCGUUCGGCGACUUCUCCUACCUGACCGAGAUGAUGUACAACCCGCUGGCGUACUCGUACGGCGUGACCAGCGUGGACCCCGACCGCAACGUGGACGCCGACCAGAGCGGCGCCACCGACGCGUCGCACGAGCGCACCAUCGACGUGUCGUCGUCCUCGUCCGACGACGACGACGCCAGCCGCGCCGAGCCCGACGAGCCGCCGCCCGCCGACGCGCAGGUCAUGACGGUGGGCGACUGCCAGAUCGUCAAGCUGCCGCCCGGCUGCGACGACAAGGACGACAAGCCGGACCCGGCGCCGGCCGAGCCGGGCGUGCCGGCCGCCGCGCCCAGCUCCGUCACCAUCACGCCCAUCACCACCGUGGGCGACUGCACCAUCCGGCCGGUCGAGAACACAUAAUGUGAGAACCUUAGGGUCUACCCCGUCCUCUUGAUACCCUUCAAGUGGAAAUAGAUUGAGAAAUGUGCGAAGUGAACGGACUUUUAUGUUUCGUUUGUACACUCGUAGGCCGACGGUACUGCGCCGGUCCAGCCCUUGAUACGUUUUUGUAUGACAUUCCAUAAUUUAGUUAUUGAGUAAUCGAUUAAUUGAAAUUAUUAUUUAUUAACCUAUUCGUAAAAUGUUACACUGAGUUGUGAUAAUUAAAAGCAACCGUUUGUAAUCCUUUUAGAUGGCCUAGUGGUAAGAACGCGUGAAUCUUAACCGAUGAUCGUGGGUUCAAACCCGGGCAAGCACCACUGAAUUUUCAUGUGGUUAAUUUGUGAUUAUAAUUCAUCUCGUGCUUGACGGUGAAGGAAAACAUCGUGAGGAAACCUGCAUGUGUCUAAUUUCACUGAAAUUCUGCCACAUGUGUAUUCCACCAACCCGCAUUGGAGCAGCGUGGUGGAAUAAGCUCCAAACCUUCUCCUCAAAAAGAGGUGCGGAGGCCUUUAGCCCAGCAGUGGGACAUUCACAGGCUGUUACGGUAUAUUUAAAAAAAAAACUAACAGUUCGUUCACAAACAAUUUCGAUAUGUCACUAUUACAUAAAUAAUAGUGACAUACAAUCUAUACCAGUUUCCGAUUUCGUCCAUUUUGUUCCGAACAAAAUAUCCUAUUUACGUAUAGGUACGAACGUCUUCCUGCAACGGCUCUAACGAAAUGGAUGAAACUCUUUACUAUUUGCUCUUGUACUUCUGGGGUAGACACUAAGAAAUAUUAUUAUUGUGGUAGCAUUCGUGUGGAGGGUCGGUCGGCCGUCGUCGUUUCAUAUCCCGAUGCAAUCGAUGUUCACUAGCGCUUUAAUGGAUGGUAGAUUUUUGAUUGUUAAAUAAGAAAUUGCUUGUGCCAUCAUUCUCAAGACUAUGAGUGUCUUAGGGGAAAAUAUAACGCAAUCAUGGAACAGGUGUGUGGAAUUAGAAUUAUGUCUUCCUAACUGUUUAGUGUUAAUGCUUUUUAUUGAAUAUCGCGUACACUUUACAUACUGCGGCGAUGUUCCUCGUUCAAGUCUACGUAUCAGCGGCCUAAUCGUGGUUCUGAAAUGCUACUACAAUGAUCGAAACGAAGUGAAUAAUACAAAAAAAAAACUAAGUGACUGUCGAAAAUGCAUUUAAAUUGGUGAUGUAAUUUAUUGAACAGGAGAUUUAAUUGUAAUUGCUAAAGCUUUACAAAGACAUUAGAAAACAUGGCAUCGAUGUGAUUUUUUCACAGGUAGAUAACGACGACCUAUAAUGCGACUACGUUAAGACGACAUUGGCAUAUUCGUUAAAUGUUCACGAUCACCGGUCCAGUAGCGAUCGCUAAAUGAUUGGCAAGUGACGUCACAUUACAGUCAAACGUGGUCGCAUUAUCGUUCGUCGCUCCGAUAUGUAUAAUCUGAGCCAUAUUAAACAUAGUUAUAGUUUAAGAUUUUAUAUGUAUGUAGAAGUAUUUUCCUAAUGUCACACACGUAUGCCAUGUUUUUUAAAUGUUUAAACAACAGAUAUACUCAUUCUGACACAAUCAUUAAGAACAAAUGUCACAACAAUUAACAUUUUACAUGAAAACCCGGGAAUAACUGCCACUUUACACGUAAAAUUGAUUAUUUAUAAUAAUAAAUAAUAAUUGUGAAGUAGGAAAGUGUAGUUUCCACGGACGAGUACGAGUAGUUAUCUAUUAGUGAGACUUGAAUGCAAUUGAAUAUAUAAUGAGGUUUUCAUGUACAAUGUAAUCAUAUAUAAUAAUCACUAUAGAUUUAUAAUAUUUUCCGAAACUCUACAUAGAGGAGUAAUAAAUAUUUACUAAAUAUUGUAAUGAUGGAACGUAGAUAUAUAAUAUUGUACUGUGUUGCCUUCAGCGUAUUUCGUACUUAUGUUAAGCUAGUUGCCCACUAAGCCACCGCGGUGUGUAAAGCGGUUUACAGAUCUCAGUGAGCUUGAAUUGUAAUAUCAAGCCUAAUUUUAUGAUGUGUAUACAAUAUGAUAUACGCUUACGUGGGUAGCGUUCAUAUUAAGAAUUAUAAACGGUGAUUAGUUGACGAAUGGUCGAUAUUCUGUUCCCCCUCCCCGAAAUACUGACAAAUCGUUAUUUUAGGAUCGAAAUUUUUUUAGUAGUUUUAAUAAUUAUUCAUAAGUAGCGUCUGAUUGGCUGUCUAUUAUAAUUAAUAUUCGUAAUAUAAGUUUUAAUGAGCGUGUCUAUUAAUAUCGCGGCGAUAUAUUUGUUAAUGGCGAUACAAAACCGCGUUAUAAAUAAAGACGAGAUAUUUUGGAAUUAUUUUGCUAAUAAUAAAAUAUGUUAAAAUGAAUCAAUUGAAGUAUUGGAGUUAUCGUGUAGUAAGCACACGCUGUUUCGCCUUUCCAUGUCUAAAUGUAUCAAUCUCUGUGAAUAUUAGAUCGUAGAGCGUAGUGUCUUAGACUUAAAAAAAAAAUAUAUUCUAAAUAUUAUAAACUCGGCAACACCACACGAACAAGUGAUACGAAGUUAGCUAAUUAUUUUAGCAGAACGUUUUAUGAACGUAAUAUAUAAUAACAUAUAUUUCUUUAAUCAUUUUGCUGUAAUGUGUAAUCGUAGAGUUAAUGUAACGCAGUAUGCAAUAAAGGACCCCUCGCGACAGCCUCGCCCGGGCGCCGGCUGUGAGACAGCCAACUUCGGGAUUAUCUUUAUGUUCCUUUAAUUAUAUUCGAUGUUCGUUUACGCUUCAUGUCGGUGGAAGUGUCGCAUUAUAGUGGACGUCUUCAAAGUAUUAACUCGCUACUAUGAAUAUUUUUAAGAAAUUAUUUUCUUCAAAUAUCUGUACAGUAGUAUAGUUCCUAACGUAUAAUCGAUACAAAAAAUGUAACCCUUCAACUAAUCGUAGCUGAUUAAAUAUAAUUUCUUUUAGUGUUUAAGUUUAUAUUAUGAGAUCAAAUUAUUCUUAAAUCGUAGUUCACUACUAGUGAUAUAUCGUCGAAUCGUUUUGAGGUACGCUUUCCUUAAAGUAUAUUUUAUUACGUAUUUAAUGGAAGACUGCUCUGUACCGUUUUCUAUUUAAUUUAAUCGGUUUUUUUUUAUAUAUUAUUUAAGACCGAUUCAUCGACUUACGAAUGUAAGAAGCCCAAGAGGCAUUUAUUGUCAUGAGUCUCAAACGGCAAGCUAAGAUUACUGCGUGUUAAUUUAACGAAAUGAAUCUGUAUUUUUAUAACUAAAGAUAAGUUAAUGCGAUCAUUUACUCCCAUACAAUGUGAACUUAUAUCCCACAUUUAGUAGAUUAGGUUCGAUUUUAAGUUAAAAUUACAAGGGCCCUAUUGGCUUUGUGUUGUCGUUAAGUUUAGUAUGUUCCCUUUUGCCACUUGAUUAGCAAUCAACAUCUGUUUAAUAUUAUAAAUAGUGAAACCGCAAUAUCUUAACAUUUAUAAAUAACCUAACAAACUAAAAAUAUUUAGUUGAACAUAAUUGAACAACAUUGACACAAUAGUGUCAAUGUUGUUCAAUUAUAUCAGAAAAUUAUGUCGUUUUUCAUCAAACUAUAUGACAGAAAACGUGCCUUUUUAUCUCAAUAUAUUUUAUACAGGAGAAAUUUGCGGUACACAACCGUAUUCAGGAAUAUUUGUAGAUGCGAAGAUAAGAUAUAUGAUCUUAUACAAAAGUAUUUAGGUUUUUAAGUCAAUCAGAUGUUGAUUGAUGAACAAAGGCCUUAUGGUUUGGCAAUAAUUGAAAAUAAUUAUUUAUGGAAUGUUAGAAGAGUGAUUGCCCGGUUGAUUGCAUUUAUUAUUGUUUCCCUAAUUAUAUUUUUUUAUCGUAACAUCGGCAGUGGUAUAAUCAGAUACUUAAUUGACGAAAAUCAUUUGCAUUUAUUUUUAUAUUUGCAUUCAAACAAUCAAAUUUAAUUUAAGUGCAUUUUAUAAAAAUUUUAAUUUAUUUUUUUAUGUAUUCAAAAUUUUGUUCACUGCCAGUUCAAUGAUUUAAUAAAAUAUUGAACGAUACCACUGCAUUCAAAUUAAAAACGACCUUUACAGCAAGAUUGUUUGAAUAAUAGUUUUUUAUCUCGUCAUUACUUUUUAGUAAUUUAUAUAAUAUGUAUUUUAUGUUUGAAUAACCUAAUGUUCCAUUUGACGAGAUUAAGUUACGCAAUUAAUUAUACUCGAAAUUUUUUAUAAGAAUCAAAAUUAAUGUUUUAUUCAGACAACAGAUGAAAAUUAUGUUUAGUUGUUAUGUGAAAAGAUUUUUAUAUUCUUGUAUUGUGAAAUGGCUAUCAUUUUACGUUGUGAUCAUGUGAGUGCAAAAUUUUUUUUUUUUUAAUUAUUUUAACCAGUUUCAUUGACUAUCGUCAAUACAAGGGCAGCAGAAAUAAUAAAAUGUUUAGUUCUGCAUAGUCCAAGAGCAGUAUUUUUUAGCUGUAGUCUUUAUUAUUAUAAACUUUUUUUUUAUUAUUUUAACAUUUAUGAAAUUCGAUCGUUAGUUAAUUUCUAACAAUGAAAUAUUUAAUAAAGAAAUCACAAAAU